GUCACUUUCUCCGCCUUCUUUCGCUUUACUUCCUUGUUUAUCCUCGUUCAUCUCGUGAUUUUGAUUAUUUUAUAACCCAGUCACACGGAAAACGUUGUGUUCCGUGUGUUUUAAGAAGCCAUGGCAGCAGUAGCGGUCUUAAUCUCUGUGUUUGUAUUGAUUUUAGGUCAUUGUGCAGCUAAAUAUGAACCAAACUGGGACUCCAUUGACUCCAGACCUCUGCCCUCUUGGUUUGACCAGGCAAAGUUUGGCAUUUUCAUCCACUGGGGGGUUUUCUCUGUGCCCAGCUUUGGCAGCGAGUGGUUCUGGAAUUACUGGCACAAAAACAUGACUGCCUAUGUGGACUUUAUGAAGAAGAACUAUCCUCCAGGUUUCACAUACCAGGACUUCGGCCCACUCUUCACCGCUGAGUUCUUUGACCCUAAAGAGUGGACGGACAUCUUCUCUGCAUCAGGAGCCAAAUACAUUGUCCUCACAACUAAACACCAUGAAGGCUUCACUUUGUGGGGGUCUAAAAACUCAUGGAAUUGGAACGCGGUUGAUGUGGGACCAAAACGCGACCUUGUGGAUGAACUUUCUAUAGCUUUGAGAGCCAACAGUGAUCUGCGUUUGGGACUGUACCAUUCUCUGUUCGAAUGGUAUAACCCACUUUUCCUGAUGGACCAAGACAAUCUCUUCACUACAAACUACUUCCCCUCCAGAAAAACUCUGCCCGACCUGGUCGACCUGGUCAACAAGUACAAGCCGGAGGUGCUGUGGUCAGACGGAGAUGGAAAUGCACCGGACAGAUACUGGAACAGCACUGGGUUCCUCGCCUGGCUCUACAACGAGAGUCCGGUGCGAGAUACAGUGGUGACAAAUGACCGGUGGGGUUGCGGCUCCAUCUGCAGGCACGGCGGGUACUACACGUGUAGUGACAGAUAUCAGCCUGGACACCUGCUCAAACACAAGUGGGAAAACUGUAUGACCAUCGAUAAACUGAGCUGGGGCUUCAGGAGGAACGCACGGCUCCAAGACUACCUCGGUAUAACAGAACUAGUAUCUACUCUCGUAGAAACCGUCUCGUGUGGAGGAAACCUUCUCAUGAACAUUGGUCCGACUCACGAGGGCAGAAUCUCACCCAUAUUUGAGGAGCGACUGAGGCAGAUGGGACAGUGGCUGAAGGUCAACGGAGAAGGGAUCUACAACAGCACCCCCUGGAGGGCGCAAAAUGACUCUGUCACUGCAAAUAUAUGGUACACGUGGAAGCCUCAGGACAAGGCCCUGUUUGCUUUUCUACUGCAGUGGCCCGACUCUGGAGCUGUGGUUCUGGCCGACCCAGUUCCCACUGAAGGACUGACCCAGGUGGCGCUGUUGGGCUACGGAGCUCUAAAGUGGGAGCCUGUGAAACCCGGGGGACUAAAAGUGCAUGUGCCGCCUCUGUCUUUAAACCAGAUGCCCUGCCUGUGGGCCUGGACGCUAAAGAUCACAGGAGCAGUGUAAACCACAAAAGAAAACAUAUUUAUAUCAUUAGAAAAAUGAAUUUAAAUCUACGGGUAAAUGUUUUGGAUUUGAAGGGAACAUAUGAUAUUAUAGUUUUACUGUUUGGAUCAGAAGCUGCUUCGCUGAUGUAUUUAUUCAUUUAUUAAGUUCCAGAAAUGUGUUUUAUUGAAUCAAUGCAAAUUUAACAUAAAAAGUGUCCAGGACAGUGGAUCUGAGACAGUCCUGACGUUUACAGAAGGUGAAACGCUGCUGUUUUUUAAGAGACGUCUUUUGUGAAAUUUAAUAAAAAUGUUGUGAUUUU